GUGCAAAUAUCGGAUCUCCCUGAUGUGUCUGAUCUCGUUUGUAAGUAUAAUGUGGAUGAAGAAUCUAAGCUGUUUCUUGCUCGUUGGCAUGCCGAACAUGAUGUGGCUGACGCUUCUGCCACACCGAAACCUUCAGCUCUGAGUGGAUAUCGCGAUACGGCCGAGCUCGUUAUAUGCCCUGUCACUCUGCAGUACAUGACGGCAGUACUCAAUAAGACGGAUCUGAACUAUGGACGAUACGGAUUUCAUAAUUUCUAUCGGAUAGAGCUGAUGAAACGACGUGACACGGAUCUUUGGAUUCUGUUCACGAAUUGGGGACGAAUUGGUAUGGGUCGAGGCGAAUAUCAAACCACACCAUUCAGCACUCUUGACGCAGCAAUGAAAGAGUUUAAAUCUGUGUGGCGAUCGAAGACAGGGCAAGAUUGGGGACCAUUCUCACAGUUCCAGGUUCUACCCAAGAAAUAUCGCUUGGUAGAGACCACCAAGAAAGUGAACAACCUCUCUGAGAUUUCCCUCCAUUUCGUUGAAAACAAGGAGGAAUCUCUUAUCAGGAGAUCAAUACAGGAUAUCAGUAAUGUGCAGAAAUUGAAAUGUUACGCGAAAGAGAUGGAUCGAUCCAUGGCAUGUCCAUUCGGCCAUAUCAGCGAGGCGGCAAUCGAGAGAGCUCGCGCCAUACUGGACGACUGUGAGAAGAACGUGGAUGAGCUCGAGAAGGUCUUAGCCAAGGAGAACCACACUGAUGUUGAUGUGUUACAAGUUUUCGAGACAAGUGUAAGUUUGCUGCCCAUUUUGCGAUUCGCUAACCUUAUCCUCUUCAUAUGGGCCAGAACUUUCAGCGAACCCUUUCUGGCGAAUUUUACAACACGUUCCCGAUCGCAGAUUUUCGAAUACGGCACAGUGAAGAUCUUCGAUACUAAAGAUGACAUUAAUCGUGCUCGCGAAACUUUGAAUCGUAUGGCUGAGGUCGAAGUAGCAACACGUCUUCUCACUGGCGCUGCCCAUCGGAAAGACGUUGAUAGAAUCAGCUACAUAAUAGCAGCGUUGGAAUGCCGGUUCACUGAGAUGAGUCCGACGGCCGAUAUGAGCCAAAAAAUACUUCGGUAUAUCCACGUGACGGGCGGUUCUUGUUGGAAGAUCAAGGGAAUUCUGGAAAUAACCCCACGAGAAGCCACUUUGAACUUUGGUGAUUUCGUUGAUGACGACAAUCAAAUGUUCCUUUGGCAUGGCACGAAAGCUGUGAACUUAAUGAGUAUUCUGAAGGAUGGCUUUCUCGUGAAUCCGCGUAACACCAUCAAUUACGGGGUAUCUAUUUGGCGGAUUCGUUCGAGAAGAGCUCGCAUUACUGUCAGUCGUCUGCUAAUGGUUCUAAACUAUAUGCUAUUGUGCCGAGUAGCGCUAGGAAAGUGUUACACAAAGAAUUCAUGGAACCUUCAGUGGGGUGAAGAUAUGCCAAAAGGCUUCGAUUCGAUACACGUGGUUGGUCAGAAAUACCCGCAAUCGUCCAUUACUGAAAACGGUAAGCACACUACUUCUGAAAAUUUU